GUGCGGGGUUUCUCCUCAGGGCGCUGCCUUUCUCGUACAUUUAACACCCCUUCUUCCUCUGCUCUUUUCUUCUACUACUUAAACCCAACUCUGCUUCCACUCAACCCACCAAGUGUCCAAAAACCCAUAUCAAUCAGCCAACUGCCAUGUCCUCUCAGAACACUUCCAACUCUGGCUCCGGCUCAACUUCAUCCGGCAACACCGGUAGUGGAGGCUACACCACAACCAGCUCCGGUACCAACAGUCAGGGAAACCACUACUGCUCCCGCGAUUAUGGCUCGAGCGCCUCCAACUCCAACUCCUACCACUACUCCAACACCGAUGGCUCAUAUUACUACAGCAACCCCAACGGUUCGACCUACUACAACGACGGUCAGGGCGGCGCUAGGUACAACUCCGGCAAAUAGGCUGCGCACGUCUUGCCAGGCGUCCAUAUGAACUCGGCUAAGGUCUCGAUUCGAUGGGUGCGCACUGUCGACUGAGAAUGGAUAAGGAAUUCUACUAGCUUAUGGUUAUCGCAGACGAGAUGAAGUGGACAUGUUUGCUCGCAUUACCCCUUGUAUUUGUGAGACUGUGAUGCCUUCUCGAACCUAGGUAUGUAAGCACGCUUGAACCACUGGAGACACUCAGCCGGCGUCACAAUGACGUGUCCACCGACUUAUGUUACAUAUGUGGCGACGUCGUAAUCUCGAAAUUGGAAAGAACAUGAUGCUGUUG